CCCUUCACUUCCAAGGUGAAGCAGAUGCGCCUGCACAAGGAGGACUUCGAGAUCCUGAAGGUGAUCGGACGUGGAGCAUUCGGGGAGGUUGCCGUGGUCAAAGUGAGAAACACUGACAAAGUGUUCGCUAUGAAGAUCCUCAACAAGUGGGAGAUGCUCAAGCGAGCUGAGACUGCAUGUUUUCGGGAGGAGCGGGAUGUUUUGGUCAACGGGGACUGUCAGUGGAUCACCACCCUGCACUACGCGUUCCAGGACGACAAUAAUCUGUACCUGGUCAUGGACUACUAUGUGGGUGGGGACCUCCUGACAUUGCUCAGUAAGUUUGAGGACCGGCUGCCGGAGGAGAUGGCCAAGUUCUACCUGGCUGAGAUGGUCCUGGCCAUUGACUCCGUUCACCAGCUCCACUACGUCCACAGGGACAUUAAGCCCGACAACAUUCUGCUGGAUAUGAACGGCCACAUCCGCCUGGCUGACUUCGGCUCCUGCCUCAGACUCAUGGAGGAUGGGACUGUCCAGUCCUCUGUGGCGGUGGGAACUCCUGACUAUAUUUCCCCCGAGAUCCUCCAGGCUAUGGAAGACGGGAAGGGCAAGUAUGGACCUGAGUGCGACUGGUGGUCCCUGGGCGUCUGCAUGUAUGAAAUGCUGUAUGGAGAAACUCCCUUCUACGCAGAGUCUUUGGUAGAAACUUAUGGGAAGAUCAUGAACCACAAGGAACGAUUCCAGUUCCCUCAACAGAUAACAGACGUGUCAGAGGAAGCCAAAGAUCUGAUUCGCCGGCUCAUUUGUAGCCGGGAGCACAGACUGGGCCAAAACGGCAUUGAAGACUUCAAGCAGCACCCGUUCUUUGCUGGCAUUGAUUGGGAAAACAUUCUGACAUGUGAGGCGCCCUACAUCCCAGAAGUCAGCAGUCCCACAGAUACCUCCAACUUUGAUGUAGACGAUGACUGUCUAAAGAACUCGGAGACCAUGCCCCCUCCCUCUCACACAGCCUUCUCUGGUCAUCACCUGCCCUUUGUGGGCUUCACCUACACAAGUAAAUGUUUCCUGUCAGACCGAGGUUGCCUGCGUCAGCUCACAGUGGAACCGGGUAAAGUGGGCCAGGACCAGGUGGACCUGGACGUCCAGCGCAGCCUUGAGGACAGCCUGGCCACGGAAGCCUAUGAGAGGAGGAUCCGCCGUCUGGAGCAGGAGAAAUUGGAGCUGAGUCGCAAACUGCAAGAGUCCACUCAGACGGUGCAGGCGCUGCAGCACCCGACAGGCGAGGGACCGCUCAACUCCAACAAGGAAGUGGAGAUCAGGAGUCUAAAGAGCGAGAUUGACCUCCUCAAGAAGCAGAUUGCUGACUCAGGCCAGCUGGAGAAGCAGCUGGAGGACGUGACAUCGGUUUGCAGGGACCUGGAGGACUCAUCUAAACACAUCAAGACUCUGGAGAAACAGAUGAAGAGCCUUACACAGGAGAGAGACGACCUCCAGAAGGGCUUCUUAGAUGCCAGCGAGAAGCUAAAGUUUCAGUCAAAAGAGCUGAAGGAAGCUCACAGUCAAAGAAAGCUGGCCAUGCAGGAGUUUUCUGAGCUCAACGAGAGACUAACAGAACUCCGGUCUGUGAAGCAGCGCCUCACUCGUCAGCUGAGGGACAGAGAAGAGGAGAUGGAGAGCCAGAAUCAGAAGGUGGAGGCUCUUCGCCUUGAGGUGCGGAAGGCUGAGAGGGCCAAAAAAGAGGUGGAGGUGCAGUCGGAGGAGCAGGCAGCAGAAGCUCAGAAGGAGAAGAAACUCAGAGAACGUAAUGAACAGUACAGCAGGCAGCUGGAGGAGGAACUGGAAGGCCUGAAGGUGAAGCAGGCCGGCUCCUCCGGCGCACCAGCGCCUGCAGACCAGACCCAGGAGGUAGGCCAUCUGCGUGCAGAAAUGGAGAAGACGACGCUGGUAUUCGAGGAGGAGCUGGCGCGCAGAGAGGCGCAGCAUAUCGCCGAGCUAAAGGCCCUGCGUAAAGAGCUGCGAGACGCCGAGAGCCAGCAGCUCGCCCUGCAGAAGGAAAUCCUGGUGCUCAAAGACAAGCUGGACAAGAUGCGCAGAGAGAGCCAAAAUGAGCGAGAAGAUUUUGAGCGAGACCGAGUCGUGCUCAGCGAAGAAAACAAGAAGAUGUCCAGCGAACUUGACAAGGUGAGCAGCAUGUUGGAGAAGGUGAGCAGCUACAACCGGCAGCUGGAGAAUGAGCUGAGGGAGCUGGCUGAUAAGAAGGAGAGCGUGGCUCACUGGGAGGCCCAGAUCACAGAAAUCAUCCAGUGGGUGAGCGAUGAGAAGGAUGCUCGGGGUUACCUGCAGGCUCUGGCCACUAAGAUGACCGAGGAGCUGGAGGGUCUGAGAAACACCAGCCUCGGAGCCAGAGCCACGGACAUGCCGUGGAAGAUGCGGCGUUUCGCCAAGCUGGACAUGUCUGCGCGCCUGGAGCUGCAGUCGGCCCUGGACACAGAGAUCAGAGCCAAGCAGAGCAUCCAGGAUGACCUGAACAAGGUCAAAGCUGACAACAUCUCCACCGAAUGCAAACUGCAGGAGGUGGAGAGUAAAAACCAGGAGCUGCUGGCAGAGAUCGAACGGCUGAGGAAGGAGACUGAGGAGCUGCGGCUGCGCAGAGGGGUCAAACACCAGGACUCUCAGAAUUCCUUCUUGGCUUUCCUCAACGCGCCCACCUCCGCCCUCGACCAGUUCGAUCGCUCGCCAUCCGUUGGCCCGACUAGCAAAGGCAGACGUGUGGACUCCAUGGACACUAUGAAUAACUACACCCCCUCCAACACUCCGUCACGGGACGACGACCUCAAGUCCCACCUCAAGUCCCGUUCUCGUUCACCGUCCAUGGCCAGUGACAUGGAGCCUAUUGAGCUGAUAGACCUUCCAGCCCGUUCAGUUCAGACCCCCACCAUGCGCCCGGGAGCCUAUGGCAGUAUUGGACGUUCUUCACCCAAGCCCAAAGCUCACCAGUUUGUUGUGAAGUCCUUCAACACACCCACAAAGUGCAACCAGUGCACUUCCCUCAUGGUGGGGCUCAUUCGACAGGGUUGCACGUGUGAAGUGUGUAAUUUCUCCUGCCAUGUUACGUGCGCGGACAAAGCUCCAGCCGUGUGUCCGGUGCCCCAGGACCAGACCAAGGGUCCGCUGGGCAUCGAUCCCCAGAGAGGAAUCGGGACGGCGUAUGAAGGACACGUGAGGGUGCCCAAACCAUCAGGGGUGAAGAAGGGUUGGCAGAGGGCAAUAGCGGUGGUGUGCGACUUCAAACUGUUCCUCUACGAGCUGGGGGAAGGAAAAGCAACACAACCAAGUGUGAUAAUCAGCCAAGUCAUAGACAUGAGGGACGAGGAGUUUUCAGUUAGCUCUGUUCUGGACUCGGACGUCAUCCACGCCAGCCGCAAAGACAUUCCCUGCAUCUUCAGAGUGACGGCAUCCCAGCUCUCCCCCACCAGCAGCCAGAAGACCUCCAUCCUGGUCCUGGCUGACAGCAACCAGGAGAGGAACAAGUGGGUGGGCCUCCUCAACGAGCUGCACCGCAUCCUCAAGAAGAACAAGCUGAAGGAGCGCUUCGUCUACGUCCCCAAGGAGGCCUACGACAGCACGCUGCCCCUCAUCAAGACCACCCAGUCUGCUGCUAUUAUAGAUCAUGAACGUGUCGCCCUGGGCAACGAAGAAGGGCUUUAUGUCAUUCAUGUAACCAAAGAUGAAAUAAUCCGUGUGGGGGACAACAAGAAGGUCUACCAGAUCGACCUGAUGCCCCAGGAACAGCUGCUGGCCGUCAUCUCUGGCAGGAACCGCCACGUGCGCCUCAUCCCCACGCAGGCUGUGGACGGCCGUGAGAUGGAUUCCAACAAACUGGCCGAAACAAAGAACUGCCAGACCAUCGUCUCUGGCCCAGUCCGGAACGGCUCUGUCACCUGCCUAUGUGUGGCCAUGAAGAGUAAAAUCAUCUGUUACGAGGUGAAUAAGGCUAAAUCUCGUCACCGCAUGCUGCGGGAGCUGCCGGCCCCAGGGCCUGUCCAGUGGAUGGGUCUGCUCAGUGAGCGCCUGUACGUGGGGUACCAGUCCGGCUUCAUGCGCUACAGUCUACAUGGCGACAUGUCCCCGGUCAGCCUCCUCCACCACGAGGACCACACCCUGGCCUUCAUCCCGCAGCAGAACCUGAGCGCCCUGUGUGCCGUGGAGAUUUCCAGCAAAGAGCUGCUGCUGUGCUUCAGCGCCAUCGGGGUGUACGUGGACUCUCAGGGCCGCAGGUCGCGGCAGCAGGAGCUCAUGUGGCCGGCCGUGCCCAACGCUGCCUGCUACAACGCCCCCUACCUGUCGGUGUACAGUGAGAACGCUGUAGAUGUGUUCGAUGUGAACACCAUGGAGUGGAUCCAGACCAUCCCUCUGAAGAAGGUGCGACCUCUGAAUGUCGACGGCUCUCUGAACCUGCUGGGCCUAGAGACGGUGCGCCUGGUGUACUUCAGAAACAAGAUGGCUGAGGGCGAUGAGCUAGUCGUCCCGGAGACGUCCGACAACAGCAGGAAGCAGAUGCUGCGCAGCAUGAACAACAAGAGGCGCUUCUCCUUCAGGGUUCCUGAAGAGGAGCGCCUGCAGCAGAGGAGAGAGAUGCUGCGAGACCCAGAGAUGAGGAAUAAGCUGAUCUCCAACCCCACCAACUUCAACCACGUGGCUCACAUGGGCCCAGGAGACGGGAUCCAGAUCCUCAAAGACCUGCCCAUGAAUGUGCGCGUUCAGGAGAGCCGUGCAGGAUUCAGCGGAUCUGUCAGCAUCCCCUCCAUCACCAAGAACCGGGCCGAGCCGGGCCGCUCAAUGAGCGCCAGCAGCGGGCUGGGCAUACGCUCGUCCUCUCAGAACGGCAGCGCUCUGCGCCGGGAGCUGUCCGGAGGAAGCUACGGGUCCAAAAGGCAGACCAUGACCUCCCCCUCAGAGAGCUCCUUGUCGUCUGGAGGAGGCGUGGACUGUGGCGAUGCUCCGCUCUCCCAGUUUGACAGAGAGUGGCAGGCGGUCUCGCCGUCGGAGAAGACCCCCGAUCUGAAAAGGGCUUUAAGGACCCUCCUUAGUAAGAUGAAGGACUCGGACUCCCCCCGUCACUCCACAGCUUCCAACAGCUCCACCUUCAGCAGCCCCCCCAGUCCGGCCUCCCCACACAAGACGAAGUCUCUGUCUCUGGAGAGCACAGAAAGGAUGGCCUGGGAGACAUGAACCCCCCCCCCCCCCCCCCCCGCGCUGCCCCACCAACAGACAGACUGACAGCACAGCACCCCAAACCCUCUCUUCUCUGCAGCCCCCCCACACCCCCAUGAUGAACAUUUGGCCUGCUCUGCUCCUCCAUGAUGGAAACUCAGGGCUUCAGAGGGAGGGGGUGUCAUAUAUAAGUGGUGGGUGCUGCAGCUCCAGGAUGUGUGCCCCCCACCCACCCCAGAGGUAAAGGUUUGUAAUGGGGGGGGGGGGGGCAGUUUUAAUUUAUUUAUGGGUCCUGGACGCGUCCUGAGACACGAGAGAAAAGAUUUCUUCGUUUUAAUUUUCCUCUUCAACUCUGCAGAGAUUGAGCCGCAGCAGCUCGUGACAUCAUCACUACUCUCCACCUCAUUGGUUGACAGCAAGUGACAUCAUCGAGCAGCCUCGGUUGUAGCGUAGACCCCCCCACCACCACCACGAUGUACAUAGGUUCAAAUCAGAGUUAAUAUAUGAGAAGGAAAAUAAACUCCUGGUUUGUUUUCAGGUUAUUUUCACACAGAAGCCAUUUUAAACCACUUUUACUUUUUUACCAGUUAUUUUGACAUUUGUUUGAUUUUUAUGUUCAACACGUUUGUAAGACACUAAAACGAGAAUGUAAACACUUUGAACGCCUGCAGAAGUCAGCACGUAGCUUCUGAUGGACUCCAUGCACCGGAUCUGGAAAAACCUGGACUGGAGCUCCAAAACAGGAAGACCUGAAGGGCUGAGCUGCCGAACCCGUGACUUCUCCUCCUCUUCAUCAGUUCACAAACGAACUUAUAGAAAACGUUUGGUCAUAAUGAAGUGGCUUUCUGGGGAAACGUGAUGAAUGAUUAGUGUCUUACCUGUUUUGGAUGGCUCUGAACAAUCACAUGUUGAAAAACUGCUUCAGUACCGACGACCUAAAGGCUAAAAACUGAAGAAGGUUUUACAGAUUUAAAACCCAAAUUUCUAAAUCAAUAAAACUUUACUUUGUCAGAAAUAUU